AUGAACCAUUCAAGCACUAAUAGUUCUCCAAUGGAUGAAACAGAUAAUUCACAUCUGCAUCAUCAACAACAGCAUCAUCAUCAUAUAAAAAAGAAGAGAGUUGGUAAAGCAUGUGACUCUUGCCGUAUUAAGAAGACAAAAUGUGAUGGAAAGAAACCAUGUAAUAGAUGUAUAUUAGAUAACAAAAUCUGUGUAUUUACAGAGAAGAAGAAAACUAGAGAAAAGAGUCACCCUCAAGGUUAUGUAGAAUUGUUGGAAACCAGAUUAGACAUCUUGACUAAAUCUUUAGAGAAAUUAAUUGAAAUACUGAAACCUCAUUUGAAAGUAUUAUCGGAUAUUAUUGAUGAAGAAGAAGAAGAAGAUAUUGUCAAUAUGAAACGGGAAGAGGAUGCCAUUUUAAAUGAAGGUUUUUCUGAUAAUGAUAUAAAUAUUCCAAUAAAUAAAGUUGUAUCUUACCUUAUUAAUCACGAAGGCUUAUUAAAUAAUUUACCCAUGGAAUGGGAAGAAGGUAGUUUAAUUGCAGCUAAGUUAAAUUCUAAAAAUUUGGCCAAAUCUACAGCUUUGUUUGGUGAACAUAAAUUAUCGAGUGUCGUACCAGAACAUGAUAUAUCUCAAAAGUCACAAACGAGUAAUUAUUCAAGACAAUCUGCGAGGAUUAAAGAGGAAAGAGACUCUAGUCUGACAUUCACAUUUCACGAUGAUGACGACGAUGAUUUCAUGGAUGAAAAUGAUGAAGAUGAUGAAUUUGAUGAUAUUUCUUCAAAAUUAACGACUUCUCCACAAAACUCACAGACUUCAGUUACUGAGCAAUUAAAUAUUCGUGAUAUUUCCCUUGGAGGAUUUUCAAAUGAACAUAAACAUGACAAUAAUGAUUUUGAUAAUGAACUGAUUUCUUCUCGUAAGAACUCGACCAAACAGUCUAAAAAACGUUCUCCUUCACCAAAAACUCAAUAUGGUAAUCCACAUCUUCAAUCUCAAAGCCAACUGAAAAUCCAUCACAACCAACAACAAGGAAAUCGUCAAGUCGUUGAAAGCUUAUCUAGACCCUCCUUAUUUUCGCAUCCAAAUAAUGCAACUUCUUCAUCUUCUUUGCCCUUAUUGACAAAACACAACUCAAUGGUUUCUAUCGAAGAUACGAGUCCAUUAGCUAACUCUCCACCUCCACUUUCAAAUUCUUCUAGUUCAACCAAUAAUAUGGGAAAUACCAAUAGUGGUACUGCUCCUCCUUCAACAUUUGCUUUGUUGCAUAGAAGAUCAUCGUCAAGUUCAAUAACACGUCCAUUUUCUCCAAGUCAUCAAAAGUUAAGAAAUAAUGGCCAUGUACACAAGCCACAACAUAGUACUAUUGGAUCUAUUUCUUCAACUGGUCAAAAGAAUAUUGUUAGUAAUAAUGGUAAUGAAUUUCAUUUACAGAAUUUCAAUAAUGCCGUUCCAAGUAAUGGUAGCAGUACUACAAAUUCAUUAUUUGACUUCAACAACAAUAUCAAUAAUAAUAGAUUAUCUAUUUCAGGAUCAAAUAAUUAUGAUGAUUUGUUACUUUCAAAUUCGAAUCCAGAUGGUGUCUCUAAUCAAAAUGCACAAUCUUCUUCGUUAUUUUUUGAUGAUUUUAUAAAUCAACAACAAAUACAGCAACAAAAUCUUCAACAAUUAACACCAGCCCCGGCUCCAAUGCUUAACCAUCCUUCUACAGGCAAUGUUAGUGUUAAUUAUGAUGAUACAGCUUUUUUUCCUUUUAAUUCUUAUCAAGCUAUAGAUUUGAUUGUUAAUGAUAAUGGGCAAGAAACAUCAGGGUCUCAAUUUUAA